UGCAGCGGCGAACCCGCGAUCAGCCACUGUGGACACGAUUGCUCAGUCUGCCCCAGAUCUUCGUGUUCGGCCAUCACCAGAGAGAGAGAGAGAGAGAGAGUAAGAGGCCCGGUGUGCGGCACCACUACGUCGCACAAUGGCGUCAAAGGGUUGCUGUGUUGGUGGCAGCUGUUGCAGUUGCUGUCAUGCACCACGAAGAGGAGACCGAGCAUACCAUCCGGGCGAUGUUCGCCGCUUGUCAUUACAGGCGGCUGUCCGGUUUYGGCAGUCUGUUGGGAGCGGGCGRUUUGCCAACUUUUGGCGGAUUCCUGGUGGCCAUUAUCRUGGCCGCYGGURUUCUCCCACGAUCGUCUCCRCGAUGGUGGGUAAAGCCGAGGGCYGGGGGGGCAUGGCAGAACAUGACACGGACGGACAAUGCCCGGGCAGAYUAUUUUCAUGACAACAUACRCAUGGGWGAAGAUGUGUUCAGGGGUMUCGUUGCAAAUGUGCGACCACACUUGAUCAGGAUGUGCACGAAAUACCGUGCUCCAACUCCGCCCGAGCAGKUGGUUGCUUACGCUCUGUAUCGCUGGGCGACGGGGGAGUCCUUCGAACACUCGGCGACAUCCUUCAAGAUGGGCCGCGAGACCGGCCGUGCGGCCAUCCAGGAUGUGGSUAUGGCCAUUYUGCGGGCUUACCCGGACGAGGUCGCUUUCCCCACUGGCCAGCGUYUYGUCGAAGCAAUGGAGAUGUUUGAGUCGAAGGGGUUCCCGCGUUGCUACGGAGCCAUAGACGGCACACACAUUUACAUUGACAAGCCUGCAGGGGAGAUGGCGGCGGCUUACUGUGAUCGACACAAGAGGUUUUCGGUAGUCGCGCAGAUCAUCGUCGGUGCCGAUUUGCGGAUUUACGACGUCAACGUCGGCUGGGCAGGGAGCGUGCACGACUCACGUGUGUUGCACCACUCUUCCAUGUUCACUCGUGCUGAGCAACGACGACUGUUUCGCUCCGAACCGUACCUGCUGCCUGGCGGUGUCUCGACAAGGGGUUACAUUCUGGGUGACAAUGGCUAUCCCGGUCUGUCCUGGAUCGUCGUUCCGUACACGGGGCCUCAGGUCCCGGGAUCUGACUGUGAUCUAUUCAACACGCAGCAGAAGACGUGUCGGGGAUGCGUGGAACGGGCGUUUGGUCGGCUGAAAGGGAUGUGGCGCUUGUUCCUCCGAACGCACAAGCCCAACAUCAAACUGUUGUCGCUGCAGUUCCGCGCUGUGUGCGUGAUACACAACGUGCUCAUUCGCUUCGGCGUCGAGCCGGACCCCCAUUUGCUGCCACGAGACAACGACGAAGACGAAUGCGACGAGGAACCCCCGCCUCCACCCCCAGGGGAGGGAUUGACAGUGCGCGAGGCACGGGCAGCGGGUCACUGCCUAAGAAAUGCGCUGACACCACACGUAGCAGCGUGGGUUCGUGAAGAAAGGCGGCGCCGUGCGGCAGGUGGGGGAGGGGGAGUGGGUGGGGGUGGGGUUUGAAAAAGAUGUGUGUUUCAGUCGACKGCUGCUCGCGYGAACAG